UUUGCGAAACCCUAGCUCGGAUAGAUUCUUGUUAGUAUCGUACUGCUGCGAAAAGGGAAAAUGAAUCAUGGUCGUCCCGUGAUUCUUGCAACGGCUAGCCAUGAUCAUACCAUCCGAUUAUGGGAAGCCCAAACCGGUCGUUGUUACCUUGACUUUGACUACUAUGAUCCUGCUUUGGUGCCUGUGGGUCAAUUGCAUGUAAAUAAGCAUGUAAAUAGGCUUGAGAUAACCCCAGAUAGGCGUGGACUAUUAGCAGCUUGCAAUCCUCACAUACUACUCUUCGAUCUCAAUUCCAUCGACCCUCAUAUACCUGUGAGGACUUUUGUAUCACACACCAACAAUGUUGUGGCAGUAGGAUUCCAGUAUACUGGAAACAUGAUGUAUUCAGGAUCAGAAGAUGGCUCAGUUAAGAUCUGGGACUUGAGGGUUCGGGGAUGCCAAAGGGAGUUUAUAAAUGAUUCACCAGUUAACACAGUUGUUUUACACCCAAAUCAGACUGAAUUGAUAUCUGGAGACCACAACGGCAAUAUACGUGUAUGGGAUCUCAGAGCAAAUUCGUGUAGCUGCGAACUGGUACCUGAAGCUGGUACACCUAUACGGUCUUUAUCCGUUAUGUUGGAUGGGACAACGGUUGUUGCUGCUAAUAACCGUGGAACUUGUUAUGUAUGGCGCUCAUUGCGUGGAAUACAAACGAUGACGGAGUUUGAGCCCCUUCAUAAGCUUCAAGCUCAUAAUGGUUACAUCCUUAAAUGUCUCCUUUCUCCUGAAAACAAAUAUCUAGCGACCGCAUCAUCUGACAAAACUGUCAAAAUAUGGAACGUUGAUGGUUUCAAACUAGAGAAAGUUUUAACAGGACAUCGAAGAUGGGUCUGGGACUGCGACUUCUCAGUUGAUGGAGAAUAUCUUGUAACAGCAUCAUCGGACACCACGGCUAGAUUGUGGUCGAUGCGAGCGGGAAGAGAAGUGAAGGUGUACCAAGGUCAUCGCCAAGCCACUGUGUGUUGUACAGUCCGUGAUUAAUUAAAUCCUGUAAAAUCCAAAAGGCUAAAAUUAUGACUGUGUUGUUUGUUUUAAAGAA